CCACCCAAGCCCUAACAUGCUCUCCAGGCGUGUACAUGGUGCUGCCGCAAUAGAAAUACACAUCUACUGGUAAUAGAGCGUUUUUUUUGGUCGUCGUAGUAAAGUAGGGAUUACAUUACCAAAUCAGUUCGAAGGUCCGACAUUCUUUAUUUAAACGAGCUCCUCGUGUUUUGAGUAUUUCAAACGGGUCCCGCUAGAAGGAGCAACAUAAAAGGGGCGGGUGCGAUUCAUUACUGGCUCCAGUCCGGUGCAACACCUCAGCUAAUCUGACGUUACAGUCUGGUGAGACAUACUGUCACUGAGCCUGCCAGGUGAACAGCUCAUGUGGACGAACACUAGCGAUUAAAUCAUUAUUUACGGUAUUUUUUAUAGCUAUAUGUGUCUUUCCUAACACCGAGGUGUCACGCGGGUGAUAUUGCGCUGUCAAUUAUUUGACUUUCUUUAAAAAAAAAUAUAUAUAUAUAUAUAUAUAUAUCUGUAUUUAUUCCAUUGGCUUGUUGGAUAACAUUAGCUUGUUAGCAAGAUAGCUAGUUGAACAACCAUGUCGGAUAACCAGAGCUGGAAUUCUUCGGGUUCCGAUGAAGACGUGGAGACGUCGGAGUCGGGAGUCGGGCAGCCAGUUGUUGGUGUCGCGGAGCUCGGUGGAAUCAUCAGCAAGUGGACUAACUACAUCCACGGCUGGCAGGAUCGCUGGGUGGUCCUGAAGAACAACACUCUGAGCUACUACAAGUCUCAGGACGAGAGAGAGUUCGGCUGCAGAGGGUCCCUGUGUCUCAGCAAGGCUGUCAUCACUCCCCAUGAGUUUGACGAGUGCAGGCUGGAUGUCAGUGUUAACGACAGCGUGUGGUACCUGAGGGCCACAGACCCGGAACACAGACACCAAUGGAUCAACUCCAUCGAACUACACAGGAGUCUAAGAGAGGGGAGGAUAGACAGUGGAGUCAUCCAGAGGACAUCACUAGUCCCUCCAGCAGCAGUGUGUUUAAUGGCGGAGUCUGGGUAUGGGUCAGAACCCAGUCUGAGGAGACAUGGCUCCAUGCUGUCUCUCACGUCUGCUACCAGCGGCUACUCUGCCACAUCCACAUCCUCCUUCAAGGGUCACAGCCUGAGAGAGAAGCUGGCGGAAAUGGAGACGUUCAGAGACAUCCUGUGCAGACAAGUGGACACGCUGCAGAAGUACUUCGACGGCUGCUCCGACGCUGUCUCCAAGGAUGAGCUGCAGAGAGACAAAGUUGUUGAGGAUGAUGAGGAUGAUUUCCCCAACACUCGGUCAGACGGAGAGUUCAUCCACAACAACAACGGCAGCAAGGAGAAGCUGUUCCGAUCUCUGAGCCCUAAGGGCAUCAAUGGAAUAGACUUUAAGGGCGAGGCGAUCACGUUUAAGGCCACCACAGCUGGGAUUUUGUCCACCCUGUCCCACUGCAUCGACCUGAUGGUGAAGAGAGAGGACAGCUGGCAGAAGCGACUGGACAAGGAGACGGAAAAGAGGAGGAGGAUAGAGGAGGGCUACCACUCCGCUCUCUCUGAGCUCAAGAAGAAGUCUCACUUUGGGGGGCCUGAUUACGAGGAGGGGCCUAACAGCCUGAUCAAUGAGGAUGAGUUUUUCGAUGCCGUUGAAGCCGCUCUUGACAGACAAGACAAGAUGGAGGAACAGUCUCACACCGAGAAGUCGCGGAUACAGAGAUCCAGUCCAGUUCCCCCGGGAGAUGUCUACUCCACCAUAGGAUCACACAGAUUCGCUGACAAGGUGGAGGAGAUGGUGCAGAAUCACAUGACCUACUCGCUGCAGGAUAUGGGCGGGGACGCCAACUGGCAGCUGGUGGUGGAGGAGGGGGAGAUGAAGGUGUACAGGAGGGAGGUAGAGGAGAAUGGUAUUGUCCUGGACCCACUGAAGGCCACCCAUUCUGUGAAGGGAGUCACGGGACAUGAGUUGUGUCACUACUUCUGGGACACGAACGUACGCAACGACUGGGAGACCACCAUUGAGAACUUCAACGUUGUGGAGAUGUUAUCGGACAACGCUGUAAUCGUCUAUCAGACACACAAGAGGGUGUGGCCAGCAUCCCAGAGAGACGUGCUGUACUUGUCUGCUAUGAGGAAGAUCCUGGCUAAUAACGAGAACGACCCAGACACCUGGCUGGUCUGCAACUUCUCUGUGGACCACGACAACGCCCAGCCCACCAACAGGUGUGUUCGUGCCAAAAUCAACAUUGCCAUGAUAUGCCAGACCCUGGUUAGCCCACCAGAGGGCGACCGAGAGAUCAGCAGAGACAACCUUACCUGUAAAAUCACCUACGUCGCCAAUGUGAACCCAGGAGGCUGGGCUCCUGCCUCAGUUCUGAGGGCUGUGGCCAAGAGGGAGUACCCCAAGUUCCUCAAACGCUUCACCAGCUAUGUCCAGGAGAAGACAGCCGGGAAACCUAUCCUCUUCUGAGUCUCACAGGACUCGCAGCACCCCUGUCCACACAACAGACUGUUCCGAACAUUGAGUACCAUUUCAACCCAACUCUAGCUAGCCAUCAUGCUAAGUGCUAGGGUACAGCUAGGCCUUUUCAGACUAGCUUCCAUGCAAGCUCUCUUGCUAGGUCUUCAGCUAGCUUCAAUAUAAGGCCUCAUGCUAGCUUCAAUGCUAGUUUCCCAUUCUAUACCUCAUGCUAGCUUCCUAUACUAGCUCUCAUGCUAGUUUCCUAUGCCAGGUCUUAUGCUAGGUCCUUCGCUAAUUCUCAUGCUAGUUCUUAUGCUAGCUCCCAUGCUAGUUUCAUUAGCUAAUGCAGAAAGACCUAUGUCAAUUGUGAGAGAUAUUAAUAUAUAAAUGUACGUUUGUGUUAUAAGAAAUUUAUAAGAAAGCAGUUUAAGACUGGAAGACAAAACAUUACUCUAUUUUAGUCCUGCUUUUUGUAGUCCUUUUUUAAGAGAUGGAGUUUGUUCCGAUUUUCUGUUGAUUUAGCUUUUUAUAAUAAUCAGUGGUGUUACAGCUUAUUCUCAUGCUGCUAAUUUUCUUAGUACAACUAAAUCAGAUCGCCUUUUUUCCAGAAUGAUCGUCUUGUUUGUAAGAAACAAAAAAACGACAAAAUUCCAGAGGGCUGUCAUUGAACUAUGACCCCUAUGACAUUUUCUUCUGUCUCUCUGAUGAAAACACUACUUUGCUGGUGCUGAUGGAGGGACAAGGCUAAAAGUUAUUUUAUUUUCAAAUGUUGGAAAUGUAUUAAAUCUUCACAUUUCUUUAUUUUGGGGUUGUACUUGGGUUUCAGUGUUAUACUAUAACACAAUUUUGAUUUGGGAUUUUAGAUAUCUGGAUUAUAACUGUAUAUAAUGUCAACAACCAUUUCUGCUUCACAGCCAGCUGUAAAAAUGUUUGCAAAUGCUUUUUGUGACUGAAUUGACUCUAUGCCUUAGACUGGGGGAGAUAAUACAAUACGUUUUGGGUAGGGGAGAGGGUGCUGAUAGACAUUACACCCAUAUGAAAUCACUAGAGACGUGCCAAGGGCCUAGUUCCAAUACCUGAUUACCGUCCCUUUCUCUCCUGACGAUCCCUGAUAUGACUGAGUGGGAAUCUUAAACUUGACCCGUACUUAACCAAUCCGGAUGAUGUCAGAGCAGUUAUUAGUAGGAAGGGAAGAAGUAAGGAGGUCCUUUUUAAGCAAGGCAUAGGUAGCAAACUCAUUCCAUGGAGGGCCUAGUGUCUGCAGGUCUUUGUUUUUUUCCUUUCAAAUAAGACCUAGAGGACCAGGUGAGGAGUUCUUUACUAAUUAGUGACCUUAAUUAAUCAAGGGAGGAGCGGGAAAAACCCCAGACACUCUGCCCUCUGUUUAGACAGUUUCUACAUUUUACAGCAGACUGAUGCUUUGUCGCCUGCUGGGUACUUCAGGUCAAAACAAUGAUGGUCUCCACAUAGUGAAGACUUGUCUUUUAAUUUCAGAUAGACUACCUAUUUAUAUGAACUAAGGGGUUAAUACGAUGACUAAUUCAUUUCAUAACCCCCUUUUUAGUUCAAACAUUGUGAUAUUGCAAUCAGAGGAGGAGCUAUAUGCCAAUCAACUGUUCUGUCCAAUGGAGAGAUUGGUUCAAAUCCUUAGAGGAUGAUGGUGUGGCCUGUAUGCUGGCUUUCAUUCCAACUGAUCCUUGAUUUGGUCAAGUGAUUUUAAAUUAUGUUCACCCCUUUGUGAAGAAGUCCAAUAAGUUAUUUCUAGACUAAUGUAUAAAGCCACGUGGAGAAAUACCUGGUUAGAAAGACACUUUAUAGGCUGGUUUCCCAGACUCAGAUUGAGCCGACUUCUGGACUAAAAGCAUGUUCUACAUACAUUUUAGUCCUGGAAUCAGCAUAAUGUGGGUCUCGCAAACUGUCGCAAUAAAGAUGUCCCUCUCCUACGAAUGAAGAUACAUUUGCACUGAAUGUAAAAUGUUUGGAAAAUCGUGUAAAUAAAAGUGUUCACACUAAAGCUGUUGGGAUUGACUUAACUGUACUGUGAAAUUCUGGCGCUUAUGUAGUCCUGUUUUAGAAAGAAAAGUUUGACAUUUCUCCAGUCUGGUGUGCUUUGAAUCAUUGUUUUCCCUCUUCUCUCAGGUUCUCAAAACUCAGGAUUUCACUAAUUGUGCAGAAUGCCAAACAGUCAGGGUUUUGAUUGGAAACAUAUUGCAUUAGUGUUUGUUUUUGUGACUAAAUACAUUUGAGUAGAAAACCAGUUGACAGUGACAUGGAUUCCAACACAAGCUGUAAGGCCAAGCGUCCCAACAAUCAAUAGGUCACUAGCGAGCUACUUUGUAAUUUAUUUUAUUGCAAUCAUGAAACCUUGUCAUUUUCCAAUAAAUAAAGUAAAUUUCUAUUGUUGGA